UCCUAUGGUUAUCUUGCUAAUUGGUGAUAAAAAUCUUUGCUCAAUUGACAUAUCGUGUUAUAUCUUCUUAACUUCACAUUACUUUUCACCAUCAACAACAACAUCACCACAACAGCUAAUUCAAAAUGUCUAGUAUUUUAUAUUAUAGUGAUUCUGAUGUAUCUGUUUCAACCAUUUUAAAAAAACUACAACCUUUCACUUCUAUAAUCAAGAGUGUUGAAUCUGAAAUUUGUUUUCAUGUUAAUAGUUCAAGUCCUUUGAGUGGAAAAGACACCGAAAUAUUGGAAUGGGUUUUAGGCCAAACAUCUUUUACUUCAAAUUUAAAGAAAAGGUCAAAUUUGCAAGCGAAAGCAAACAAAGAUGACUCGCUCCUUAUCGAGAUUGGACCUCUACUAAAAUUUGCAUCGCCAUACUCUUCCAAUGCCGUUGCCAUAUUCACCUCUCUAGGAUUAAAUAUAAAUAGAGUUGAAAAAACGACGAUCUAUUUGAUUAAAUAUGAAAAGGGCAAGAUGAAUGAGAAAUUGGAAUCAAACAUUGUCAAUUGUUUACAUGAUCGAAUGACCCAGCAGCGUUACUCUUUAACAGAUGAUAUUUUCAAAUCUUCAUCUACUCAGUCAAGUCGCCCAUGGACAGUUGUUGAUAUCAUGGGCAAAGGAAAAGAAGCCUUGAAGUCAAUCAACGAUGAAAUGGGUUUAUCGUUUGACGAUUGGGACAUUGAAUACUAUACAAAGCUUUUUAAGACGGAGAUUAAACGUAACCCAACUUCAGUUGAAUGUUUUGAUCUUGCCCAAUCUAAUUCAGAACACUCAAGACACUGGUUCUUCAGGGGUCGAUUGAUUAUUGAUGGAGAAGAGAUGAAAACCAAUCUAUUUAAGAUGAUCAAAGAGACGCAAACUAACAGCAAUAAGAACAAUAUUAUUGCAUUUAGUGACAAUUCAAGUGCCAUUCGAGGUUUCAAUGAUUUACACAUAAUGAUCCCAAAAGACUCGGCUCAAUCAUCAACCAUGUUAAUCAAACCAAAAUCAACCAGACAUAUUGUGUUCACAGCUGAGACUCACAACUUUCCUACUGGUGUUGCCCCAUUUCAAGGUGCUACAACAGGAACUGGAGGAAGGAUUCGUGAUGUUCAAGCAACUGGUCGAGGUGCUCAUGUGAUUGCUGGUACAGCUGGCUAUUCAUUUGGUAAUCUAUUGAUUCCUGGUUAUCCAUUGGAUUGGGAAUCAACCGAUGAAAUUUAUCCCAAUAAUUUUGCUAAGCCAUUGGAAAUAGCAAUAGAAGCAUCUAAUGGUGCAUCUGAUUAUGGUAAUAAAUUUGGUGAACCAGUGAUUGCCGGAUUUGCCCGAUCAUUUGGAAUGAGACUAACAAAUGGAGAAAGAUGGGAAUGGAUCAAACCAAUUAUGUUUAGUGGAGGAAUAGGAAGCAUUGAAAGUAAAUUUUGUGACAAAAAUAAACCAGCUAAGGAUAUGCUGGUUACCAAAAUUGGUGGGCCUGUGUACAGAAUUGGUGUUGGUGGUGGAGCCGCAAGUUCAAUUCAAGUUCAAGGCGAUGAUAAAGAUGAACAAUUAAAUUUGGAAGCUGUUCAAAGAGGUGAUCCUGAAAUGGAACAGAAAUUAAAUCGAUUGAUUCGUGGUUGUAUUGAAAGACCAGAUAAUCCGAUCCAGUCAAUUCAUGAUCAAGGUGCUGGUGGAAAUGGAAAUGUAUUAAAGGAAAUCGUUGAACCCAAUGGAGCAGUUAUUUAUGCAGAUAAAUUCACUUUAGGUGAUCCCACAAUUGGUACACUUGAACUUUGGGGUGCUGAAUAUCAGGAAAGUAAUGCUAUCCUGGUUAAACCAGAAGAUGAGAAGACUAUUGAAAAGAUUAGUAAACGGGAAAAAUGUCCAGUUGAUUUUGUUGGAACUGUUACCACUGAUGGUCUUAUUAGACUAGUUGAGAAACAACCAAAGCAGGUCAAUGAAUCUAAUAAAUCAGUUAAUCCAGUCGAACUUGAUUUGAAACAUGUUCUCGGUGAUAUGCCACCGAAAACUUUUAAACUUGAUCAUCUGGUUAAUCCUUUGAAGCCACUCACACUGCCAACCAAUUUAACUCUCAUGGAUGCGCUUAAUCGAGUCCUAAGAUUACCUUCGGUAGCAUCAAAACGCUAUCUAACCAACAAAGUUGAUCGAAGUGUUACAGGACUAAUUGCCCAACAGCAAUGUGUCGGUGAACUUGGUGUACCUUUGGCUGAUUAUGGAAUGAUUGCCCUCUCUUACUUUGAUACAAGAGGAGCAGCAACAUCAAUUGGAGAACAGCCAAUUAAAGGGUUAAUUGAUCCUGAAGCUGGAGCCCGAUUAAGUGUCACUGAAGCUUUAACUAACCUAAUGUUUGCUUGUAUAACAAACUUGGCCGAUGUUAAAUGUAGUGGUAACUGGAUGUGGGCAGCUAAACUUGAAGGCGAAGGUGCUAAGCUUGUGGAUGCUUGUCGUGCAAUGUGCAAUAUAAUGAGCCAACUGAACAUUGCUGUGGAUGGUGGUAAAGAUUCAUUGUCAAUGGCAGCUAAAGUUAAAAAUAUGGCUUCUAAUAAAAGUGAAGUGGUUAAAUCACCGGGAACUUUGGUCAUUAGUACUUAUGCUCCGGUUCCUGAUAUAACCUUUAAGGUUACUCCUGUUAUGGAAGGUCGAGGUAAACUUGUUCACAUAGAUCUCAGUGGCUAUAAAGGUAAAAGACGAACUGGUGGAUCAGCAUUGGCCCAGGUUUAUGGUCAACUUGGUAAUUUGGUUCCUGAUGUUGAUGAUCCUUCAAUUUUAAGGAAAUGUUUCCCCAUGAUUCAAGAUUCGAUACGCCUUAAAGAAGUACUUUCAGGUCACGAUAUCUCUGAUGGAGGUUUAAUCACUACACUUUUAGAGAUGGCUUUUGCCACCAAUUGUGGUUUAACACUGAACUUUACUACUUUGUUACCAAAUGAAUCACCCAUUGACUACCUUUUAGCUGAAGAGGUUGGAAUAGUUGUUGAAGUAUCAAAAUAUAGUAUAUCCUCUUUUAUGGACCAAUUAGCCGCAGCUGGAAUACCAGCUUCAAUUAUUGGUGAAAUUAAUUUAAAAUCUGAUAUCAUUGAUAUUAGUUUCAAUGGUCAACCAUUUAUCAAGCUAAAUGUAAAAGAAAUGAUGGAUAUUUGGGAGGAAACAAGCUUCGAAUUAGAGAAACACCAAGCAAAUCCUGAUUGUGUAGAAGAAGAAAGACGAAAUCUUAAGCAUAGACGAACUCCACUUUAUGCUCUUUCAUUCGACCCAACUCACACUGAACUUCGAAAGCUUAAUGGACCAGAUGAUUAUUUCUUAAACAGGCCAAAAGUUGCUGUUAUUAGAGAAGAAGGAAUCAAUGGUGAUCGUGAAAUGAUUGCCAGUCUUCACAUGGUUGGUUUUGAGGUUAUUGAUUUAACCGUCACUGAUCUUCUCCAUGAUUCAGGAAUCAACUUGAAUCAAUUCCGUGGGUUAGUUUUCCCUGGUGGAUUUUCAUUUGCUGAUGUUUUAGGCUCUGCAAAGGGCUGGGCGGCCACACUUCGAUUCAACGAGAACAUUAGCAAUCAGUUGAACCAAUUUGUUAAGCGCAAAGAUACUUUCUCUCUCGGUGUGUGCAAUGGAUGCCAAUUAUUAGCUUUACUUGGUUGGAUUGGAAAUCAAGAAGACGGCUCACAAGGAACUCAGUUAACUCACAAUAACUCGCAAAGAUUUGAAAGCAGAUUCGUUUCGGUUAAAAUCAAAGACAAUAAUAACUCCAUUAUGCUCAAAGGAAUGAGUGACUCUGUUUUGGGUGUUUGGGUUGCCCAUGGAGAGGGUAAAUUUAUUUAUAAGGACAAAUCAAUUCUGGAUAAAUUAGUUAAAUCUAAUUGUGUUGCAUUAACAUAUGUAGACGACAAUGGGGUUGAUACGGAAAGCUAUCCGAUGAACCCCAAUGGAAGUGCCUUAGGAAUCGCUGGAUUGACAAGUUAUGAUGGACGGCAUUUGGCCAUGAUGCCUCAUCCAGAAAGAUGCACACAAUUAUGGCAAUGGCCUUACGUACCUAAAGAAUGGAAGAGACUGACAGUCAGUCCGUGGUGUAAAAUGUUUUACAAUGCUUAUGAAUGGUGUUUGAAGCAUUGAAUCAAUUUUUUGCAUUUUCUGAGCCAAUCCAUGAUCUAUUUUUUACUUCAUUAGUUUUGAUAAUUGAUAUAUCUUCACAGUCUGUUAUUAAUCACUUUUUGUUUAAUAGCAGUAUAAAGUGGCCAUCAAUUUUUUGUUACACAAAUUAGAUGAUAUAGUUCCUAAUUAGUUUUUGAUUGCAUUGUUGAAAUAUUUUCUUUUCCAAAAUUAUUAAACAAUCGUAGUAGUUAUUUGCUACUUGCUACAAAAUAAACCUUGAAUAAAAUUUAAAUCAAACGAUGAA